AUGGACGCGUCGGUAACCGACAUCCGUCGCUCGAGCAUUGAGAAGAUGCCCAUUCCUCCAACUCCGCCCUUUGACAGCCUUCCCGACGAGAUCAUCGAGCAGAUACUCCAACUUGCCGAUCCCAACGCUUUCGCGUCCCUCGUACUACUCAACCGUAAAUGGAGAGCGGUUUCUCAGCGGGCUCAUCUCUACCGUCACCAACUAUCAACAUGCCCUUCAUACUCAGCGAGCCAUCCCACACUCCCCCCAUGCGAAGAUGACAAACUUCCCGAACUACGCCGCCUAUUUGCACGAGAAGUCAAGAGGAACCUUUUCGAGGCAUAUCUACGACCCAAAGAAACCACAUUCAAACUUAUCUCAACAUCCAUCAGUUCUUCGUCAUGUCCGGGAGGCGAGGGUAUGCAGUACAGCACCUCUCCCAAGGGGCACCAUCUUUUGGCCUACAAUUCUGGUAGGAUUUACGUGAUUGAUCUAAGAGGGAACGGCCUCGAAGUGAAGAGGGAGUUCAAGAUUCUUCGCCGGCCUGUCGCAGCAUGUAUCAACGAUAAAGGCACUCUCUUGGCCGUUUUGUCCACUGAGAUGCAGGUUGACCUUUACGACUUACAGCAGAGCCCACCCAAAAGAGCGCAGUCUAUAAUUCUCGACAACACUCCUCGCACAAUUGCUCUAUCACCAUGCGGAUCCGUUCUGGCGGCAGCGUAUGAAGGAGGUAUUGAGGUAUCGUCCUUGAGACCUGAAGCCUUGUCUACUGAUCGAAGAGCCGUGAAAUGCGAUGCCGUCGAUGCUUUAUCCUUUUCUUUUGACGGAACUCAAAUCCUUGGGACAACAAUUCAUUCUGCGCCGCCCAGCACUGUCAUUAUCACGGCACCAUACUACGAUCCCGGCCCUCACAUGUCUGAAGAUAACUUGACCCCCCUAUGGACAACAUCAAUUCUGUUUCCCAACACAAGCCGAGACUGCAGUCACGCUGUUCUGCUUCAGGACGGACAUGAAGAGGAAGCGAGUUGGACUUUUACCUAUGACCGGAGUUUCGAGACUUUCCGAGCCGUUCGAAUCGACGAUCUCAGGAAUGGGACGACAUACUUUACAGGACCAGUACCAAGUGCAUCUUCACAAGCCAGCCUUAUUCCAUCUACGCUUCCAGCUACGACAUAUCGAGGUGACUUGGUGUCAGUCGGAUUCCAAGGAAAGGAGGUCUGGAUUUAUGGCGUCCCAGAAGAUUUGGAUGCAGUCCCAGACAAUCCAUCCUCAUCAAAUGAUAGCUCGUCGUCUGGCCUCGGACGGCAAAACAGUGACCGUAGUGGCAAUUCACGACGGGCGUCUACUCGAGCAAGGGAUACCGAAGGUGGCCGAGUGCCAAAAUGGCAAAUAUUGUGCGACAAACUGAGGAACACCUUUGUUUCUGGCUUCAAAGCUGCAGAAGUCACAGACGUGAAGACAGUAAAAUGGGUUGCGGAUUACGGCAACUCUUCCACCCAAGAGCGACUGGUAAUCACUGCAAGGGGAGUUGGGGCCCCGCGACUGGUUACCGAGGAGGAAGAUAUGGAUUUUGUGGAUGGGGGUCGGAUUACACUCUUGGACUUUGACUACGGAACUUCCAAUGGGGUCAAAUCCGAGGUCACUAUCGAAGUUGGUACUGAUCACCCCGAGGUGUUGGAAGAAGAGCAACGUGACCUUGCGACAGAGGUCGCCAUUGUUCGACGGAGGACCGUUGCUCAAAAGCGAGGUGGCCGUGGCGGGUCGUCUUUGCUUCGAGCUGCUACAUCAGCUACACGGCCACCGCGUGUGACUCUUGAUGUUCCAGAGGUGCCGAGUGCUCCACAAAUGGUACAGAGUGCACACGAUGAUGAUCAUGAUGAUGAUGACGACCCUCUACUUCCUCGGAGAAUUGGGCUGCCUCCCGCCCAGCCCGCCAGUCGACGAGUAGUCGAGCCUGAAAGUCCUGCCGAUGGUGAAGAUGGGCCGACGAUUGAGCAGAUGGAGGCGUUGGAUGCUCCGUAUGCACAUGCUAGCCCUCGCUCACAGACAACGCUCCGUCGUGCUGCGACUGCCGCCGCAGUGGAUAGAUCUCUGCAUCCUCGAACAGCAGAUGGUCGACGCAUCGAGUAUCGUCGUGCCGACGGCCGAAGAGAACAUCCACACGAGAGUGAUGCUGAUAAUUGGGUGCCUCCCCCACCACCUUAUCAAAAAGAUGACCCAGGGCCAGAUUUGCCAGCUUUCAUGCGUGGUCCGUCUGUUGCACCUAUAGGACUUGGAGGUGCCUCCUCUCCAGCCCCUAUUCCCGUACCCCCUAUGCCAGCAUUGUCAACUCAGACGACAAAUGAGUUCUCUGGCAAUACUCAAUCUGCCGACUCUAAGAGUGGGAAUCAGUCCCAGAGGCUACCUAUCCAUCCUACAGUGAGCGAUUCGAAUGCUGUCAGUCGGCCGCAAGCUCUUCAAACAGCCCAGGCGAACACGAACCCGUUACCCCCGCACGAUAGGGAUACUGAUCUCUACGACGCAACCCCUCCUGCUUCCCCGCGACAGCCAGUGGUCCAAUCCACAGGGGAGACUUCAGAGGCAAGAGUACGGCAGACAUCAGUCUCGUCAGCUGUGUCGGCCAUUACAUCUACGUCCAGAGCUGUGGUUCCUCCUGCUGAUUCUACAAACGAAGAUGGUUCACCAUCACCACUACACACGCCACUGCAAACAGACAUCUCAGCUCAUGACCACUUUGGCCCAGGCCCUCGAGUGCCGGCGGUCAAUGCGGAGCCUGCGCAAGUGGCCGUAUCUGUGACCCAACCUGGGGCUGACUUAGCGCCCAGAGUGAGGCGGCUGUCAAACACCCAAACAUGGCCUCGGGUUACAGGCCCUGAAUCUGACCCUAUUGUCAACCCGGCAGAUGGGUUCCCGUUCCCACUGUCAGCACCCGCUGAGCGACCCGUCCAAGAUGAGUCCAUAUCAGGUCUCCCCCCUCUGCCCAGUUCAAGCCAGCUUGCGAGUUUGAGCAAAAGGGUCAGUCAGGGCAAUCCUAGACGCUUUUCUGGAGGGUUCCAAGUUCCAAGACGGCCAGUCGGAAGUUUCGAUGGCAGUGGAUACAUAUCGAACUCCAUGCCCGGCUCCAUGUCAGCAGGCCCGUCAGGCUCUAGUCGUCUUGAACCUGAUCAACCUCUUAUUAUUAGUACUCCUAGAGGUGUAUCAGGUGCUUUUGACUUACCCAGCCGCCAAACAUCUGGCCGGCGGAACGAAACACCUUUGCUGGCUCCUAUCCCUCGGCAUCCGCGCCCGGUUCCUGGGUCAAACCAGCGGCCGAUGGUUGAGCGUCUUGAAACCAUCUACAGCAUCGCCUCCUCCCAUGGAGGUAACCCACCGGUGCUGCCGCUGCCGCUGCCAAACCAGCAAGUGCCGGCGUGGCUAAAUGCUCCUCCGAUACCGGUGACAAGAACAUCUCCCACAGUAAACCGCAGGCCAAGCCGCGCUGAGCGAAGUGCCGCUAAGAAUAUCAUGGAUGCUAAGAAACGGGGCUGGACAGCCAAACCCAAGAAGCAAAAGAAGAAGAAGAAGGCAGCAGAUGCUGCAAGUAGUGCUGGGUGGACCGACAUAUCGAUCGGUUCUGGGGAGAAAGAAAAGGAGAAGGACAAGGACAGGAAAUGCAUCGUCAUGUAA